AUGGCAGAAGCGACUCUGGACUUAAAAGAGCAUAAUAUCAGCCCAGACGCAGAAAAUACGUUCGCGACGGACCACAAUAUGGAGCCUGAACAACGUUCAAUUGCACCAGAUUCUUUCAAUACGGAUAUCGACGAAAAACAAGAUGCAUCCUCCUACCCACCACCGAAAACGUUUCCACACGAAGUGGCUUUUGUCAUUGUUGUCUGUGCCGCCCAGCUCAUGACACAAGCUGGUCUGUCGUUGUCAAUUGCACCCCUGAAACAAAUCAGCGACACUUUUGACAGCACCCCCCAACAAUUGACAUGGGCUUCGGCAGCAUACAGUCUGACAGUCGGGACGUUCAUCCUGGUGUCUGGAAGACUGGGUGACGUUUAUGGACAUCGCUUGAUGUUUAUCAUUGGUUUUAUGUGGUUUGCACUCUGGUCUCUUCUGGCUGGUUUCUCUGCGUAUUCGACCACCGUAUACUUAGAUUGCUGUAGGGCAUGCCAAGGCAUAGGCGCGGCCGCUCUUCUUCCCAAUGCUGUCGCCAUCCUGGGAAGAACAUACCCACCCGGUAAGCGAAAGGGCAUGGUAUUCUGUCUGUUCGGAGCUGUGGCACCAGGAGGAUUCAUCAUUGGUGCAACUUUCUCGUCACUAAUAGCCGAGAAGCUGUGGUGGCCCUGGGCAUAUUGGAUUUGCGCGAUUGCGUGUGUUAUGUUUGCUAUCCUUGGAUUCCUGGUGAUUCCUCACAUGCCACAAGAAAAGCCACGGCCUGAACUCUCUGCUUUUGCUCGAUUGGACGGACUCGGGGCUAUACUCGGCGUCUCGGGUAUGAUUCUCUUCAAUUUUGCUUGGAACCAGGCCGCCACUGUAGGAUGGCAAGUUCCCUACAAUUAUGCAUUGCUGAUUGUGGGGAUUUUGAUCAUCGGGGCUUUCCUUUAUGUGGAGAGCAAGUCUGCGUAUCCACUACUACCCCGUUCAGUCUUCAAAGGCGAGACUGGCUGGGUCCUUGGCUGCAUUUGUGCGGGCUGGUCUUCAUUUGGCGUUGUAGUAUUCUACUACUACGCUAUUAUGACCAACGUCGAAUCAGCCACUGGGCUUCUUACGACGGCCAGGUUUUCCGGUGUCGCUGUUUCAGGUGCCAUUGCGGCUGUGUGUACUGGAGUGCUUCUCGAAUACCUUCCAGCUUGCGUGAUCAUGUUCAUCGCCAUGAUGGCUUUCGCGAUAGGCCAGGCAUUAUUGGUUUCGUUGCCCAUUGGCCAGGUUUAUUGGGCCAACGCCUUUUUGAUCGCGAUUAUUACACCCUGGGGAAUGGACAUGUCCUUCCCCUCCGGAAUUCUGAUCCUAAGCGACGCCAUGCCAGCGGAAGAUCAAGGUGUUGCCGGUUCGCUCGUGACCACGGCCGUGAACUAUUCGAUCUCCUUGGGACUGGGCUUUGCUGGAGUGGUGGAGAGCUACGUCAAUGAUGAUGGACAAAAUAUCCUCAAAGGUUACCGUGGAGCCUCAUAUAUGGGUCUUGGUUUAGCUGGGCUGGGUGUCAUGGUUGCGACCAGUUUUAUGAUUGUGACUUGGAGGAGGUCAUCUAAGAAAAGUCUGUAA